AUGGACCAGCGCUCUCGCGGUGGCCGUCCGAAUCGCCGGAAAACUCUUCCCACUUCCAGCAUCCAGUCUGAUACCAGCGCAGGCGGCGAGUCAAACUCGAGCAUCAUGACGCGCUCUCCUCCCAUUGCUGCCUCUCGCACUCCUCAGACGGCACCUCAAAAUCGCCGCAACGCAAAGCCCAUUCCCAUGAAUAACCCCUUCAGUGUCCGCUCAUCUCCCAGUACGGGCGGAUCCGGUCCUGGCCCUGGCAAGGCUCUUAGAAAGAGAUCUCGCACCAGCGGCUUUGACGGGCCCGCAGAUGAAGAAGACGAGACCUACCGCAAGGGCCCUCACACUUUGAGAAAGCGUGCGAAAAUCGACUACUCCGCCGCAGACUUUGAGGAUGAGCUGCCCGAGAUUGCAAUCCCGGCCCCUCGCACUGCUACCCGUAAGAAGCGGGCUGACAGUGAAGUCGUCGACGAGGAGUACUACACGCCCACAGCACAAAAGCGCCGCGCCAACUCGAGAGAAUUUUCCGUCGCCAGUAUUACCGCCGCUCGUCGUCGGACUCCGGCCCGGAAGAACGUCGUCGAACAACAAUCCUUCUACUCUCAGCAAUCAGACGAGGAUAUUGUCAAGGAUACUAUUGAAGUGGUGGGCGAUUCUUCUGACCUCAUCAGCUCUGAUGAUGCAUCUGACCAUGAUGACAAUGACAAGGACAUUUCCGGUCACGCCUCCCUUCCAGAAAACCAUGACCAGCUCUCGUCGCCCAUCCAACGCAAGACUCAGGUAAUACUUCAACUGGCAUCUCCCAUUGGCCAUCAGAUCAUCAAGCAGGAUGAGAGUCAAUUGAGCCAGAGCCAAGCACAAACCGUUCCCGGCGACAUUGUUACCGCCGCGGAUGAGGUAGCGGGCCCUAUCAUCGCUCACCCUCAGCCCAUCCGCGUCAAUCAAGUCACCAUUAUCGGAAACACUGGCCCGCACCCAGACACCGGGGCGACAACAGUUCAUCAUGGCGACUUCGUCGAAGAUUAUUCUAUCCAGCCCAAGAGAGAGGCCAGUUCUCCCGUGCGGCCUACUGAAAGUUUACCGCAGAGAACGGCUCUGCCGGAGAUGGCUGAGCCGGCAGUCAACGCCGACUCUGCUGUUGUCUCCGGUACUCAGGAAAAUUCCGCACCAGCCGUUGCUCAGAUUUUCAACGCCACCAACAACAUCGACCAUGUCAACGUCGCACAGCGGACUGAAGAACCACGAGAGUCUAUCGCCGAUGUGUCAACAGAAGACACAAAGGUAAAUGGUCAUAUCGAAGCGACCGAAAAUAAGCUUCCGCCUCAAGAGGAGCCGUUAAAUACACAGCCCGCCGCCCCUUCACAAGAUGUCGACGUCUCUAUAUCAUUCACAACUCAGUCCGAGGACUUGUCCCGGCCUCAAGACGAGAUGGACGUUGACGUUGCAGAGGAACCCGAUGCAGAAAUGCAGGACGAUGUUGCUGCUCCUGAAUCCGUUGCUGUUCCUGAACCCAAAGCAGCAUCCCCGCAACCCCAACCCGCCGCUCCUGAGGUGAAAAAGAAGCGCUAUCCGUGGUCCCACCUUACACCUUACGUUGAUGGCGAAUAUGUCACCCACUCCAUCUACCCGGUCGCUGUCGAGGCAUCUGCGCCCACCUCAAAUGCCGACGCCGCUGAAACUUCCGGCGAGCGAGAGAUCGCUGACGAGACGCCCGAGAAUGCCAAUGCGAACUCCCAUGGCCAGGGUGCUGAAGCAGACGCAGAAGACGGUGCCAAUGCCGAUGCAGACGGCGAAGUUGACGACACUGAGCGGGACGCCGAUCACGAUGAGGAUCUCGCACCCGACAGCCAAGGCCAGCAACUUUCCCAAGGGUCCGCUUACAACUCGGCUGCCCCGACUCCCGCACUUACGCCCCGCCAAGGGUCGCCUGUUGUGCCCUCAGCCGCGACGGGGACCAGCACACCAGCUUUGAUGCCGAAGCAACGCUUCAGAAAACAGUACAGGUUCAAAAAGCUUAGGGAUCCUGCCGAAUUUCUAGCCUUCCUAAAGGACUCCGAGGACCUCCCCCAAGAGGAGCUCUGGGACCUUCUGGCUCAGGCCAAUGAGUGCCUCCUUGCUUAUCAAGAGGAGUACAAAGAGUGCAGCAGGGUCGUAGAUGAUCAAGAAAAUGCCCAGCGUCGCGCCAUUCAGGAUGCCGCCUACGAAAAGAAGACUGCCGACUUGAACGCCUUUGCCAAGGUAGACUCAUACAUCGAAAAGGAGUUUGAGGUGCAGGGCUCCCGAGCCACGAUCAAGGAGAAAGACGCCGGAAUUCUCGAGCAACGCUUGCAAGACAGGAUCAUGGCCGCCACGUAUCACUUUGAGUACGAUCCUCACCCCAAUAAAGUGGGCAACCAAGAUCCCGGCGCUCAGAAGGGUGGUGGAGGCGAAGGUGUCCGCCAACUCCGAAGCCAGCCGCAAGCAAGCGCCAAGGCUGCCGAAGGCGACGGAGUCAUCGUCUCUGGCAAGAGAACUCGCAACCCCCCGAAGUUGUUUGACGGCGUGUUACAGGACGACCACCGUGCAGCAACUCCGGGAAGCAACAAGCCGGGCCCGAAGAAGCGCGGUAGGGCUGCCGCCGCAGAAAAGGCGGCUUCAGCUCAAGAUCCCGAAGAGGAGCCUGAGCCCGAGCCGCAAACAGUUUCACCUGCCAAGCCCGGCCCCAAGAAGAGAGGGCCGAGGGGUAGGAAGUCUGCCGUGGUGGUCUCGGAGCCGAAUUCGCCUGCUCCCGAAGAAGAGGCCAUCGCCCCGCCGCCGGAGCCAGAACAGGUACAGCCUCCCAAGCGCAAGCGUGGCAGACAACCAAAGUCGGCCGCCAUUGUCGAGGAAGAGCCAGAGGAGCCCGAGAAGCCGACCCCCAAGAGAGGUCGCGCAGCGCAGCGAAAGAGCAACGGCCAUGUUGCUGUUGUUGCACCCGAAACAACCGACGAAUCCCGCCCUACCUCGGCAUCAUCGAUGGCCACUAUCUCGGACGCCGGAUCUACCUACGGACUGCGUCAGAAGAAGCGACAGCGAAAUUGGCAGGACGAGGAGGAAGUCGACGAGGAAGAAGUGGAGGCCGAGCCCCAGCCUAAGAAGGCUCGCAUCAUUCGCAUCAACAGAAAGCAAAGCGCACCGGAGCUCGCACCCAAAGAGACACUGGGCGAGCAUAUUCUCGCUGAUAUACACCGUUUCACCGCGACUCUCGAUGCAGCCGAGUCCCCUCAGCCCCGGAUGAUGGUGUCAUUCAAGCUGAUUAACAAUGGCUCCAGAUGGACCAUCAAGCCCCCAGCCUCGCCGCGCCAAACAUCUACGGACGUCAGCGAGUACAACCUGUCGACCCCUCGACCAGCGCCAGUGUCUGCACCUACCUCGGCCAAGUCAUCGGCCCCGCCUAGCCAGGCUGAAGGGGAGGAGAAGGAUUACUCGACCAUGACCAAGUCGGAGAAGAUGUCGGCCUCGAUGAAAAAACGAUGGCUCAAUGGCAGCAUGCAGGGCGCUGUCAACAAAAGAAAGGCUACUCUCGCUGCGAAAAAGGCAGCAGCUGCCGCGGCCGAAGCUGAUGCGGCCCGAAUCGCUCAGCAGAAGGCCAUGCAACUCCAGCAAUCUGGACAACCAGCACCUUUCCCCCUGGGACAGGGACAGUAA